ACGACCUGCUGCCCGCCUUCCUGCCUGUCCUGUCUCUCUGCUCGCUCGCUCGCUCGCUCUGCACUGCUUCGUUUCGCGUCUGAUUUUGGGGGAUCCAGGGGUGGAAUUCGCGGGGUUUGCGGGUCCUGGGAAGCGGAAUUCGACUUCCCCGGCCGCGAAUUCUAGGGUUGGGUUUCGGCGGUGCUGGUUUUGCUGUUCGAGAGCUUCCGUUUCGGGUUUGGGUGUCUAGGGUUUGCGACGCUGCCCCCGGCCAGCGACCGACCACCGCGAUUCAUGUCCUCGUGGGGGUUCCGGAGCUCGAUUUGAGCUGGGAGUAGGCGCGUCGCGAGCUCGGCCACGAGUGUUCCAGCUCCCUGCUCCGGCUGGAGCAAGCGGCCUCACUCUACUCGGUGGGUAGGUGUGGUUGGUGAGCUACGGGCCCCGUGCCCGGACCGUACGGCGAUCAUUCCAAGCUGGGGCGCUCGAUGGGGAAUUUGGGAUUAGGAUCUUCUAGAGAUUGUCCGGGGCGACUUGAGCCGGGGGAAAAUUGCUAAAUCUGGCCGCGAAGUGUCGCUGUUCACUUGCUUUGUUUGCUUACGGUACUGUGUUUGCUGCUUGUUUGGACUGGGGGAUGUUUUGCUGUUUGCAGGCUGGGGCCCUUGCAAUUAGGGGUGCUAGGGUUUAGCCCAUCGGUUCCCAAAUUUGAUAUUGGUCAUUGAUAGGCUAGGAAUUACAGUGCUUUUGUUUAUACUGAAAUGCUUGAGCUUAGUGUUCGUACACAAGCUAUUAAUUCAGAUUAGGAUGUUGAUUCUGGUGAGAAGUUGUGCUCUUCUAGUGAGGCUGGAAUGGGGAAUCUCCUGCAGCACUUGGAGCUAUGGCAAUCACACUGCUAAUAGGGGCUUUAGCCUAGCCAUUUCUAGUUGGAUGUUGAAUUCUUUAUGAUAGGUUACAGGUUCCAGCGUUCUGUUUGGGCUUGAAAUGCUUCAUCUAUUGCUUCAGAUUUAGGCGGCUGAUUCUGCUUGAGUACCUGUGUGCUUGUAGUGAGGCUAGAAUGGGGAAUCUCCUGCAGCUUCGAGCUAUGACAAUCACUGCUAAUGGGGGCUUUAGCCUACCCAUUUUUAGUUGGAUGUUGAUUGUUUGAUGAUAGGUUACAGGUUCCAGCGCCUUCAUCUGUUCAGGCUUGGAAUGCUUCAUCCAUUACUUCAGAUUAGCGGUUGGUAUUACUUGAGUAGCAGUGUGUUUGUAGUGAAGCUGGAAUGGGGAAUCUCCUGCAUCUUGGAGCUUUGGCAAUCAGCCAGUCACUGCUACUAGAGCUUUAUCCCCUGAUCUCUCCAAUUGGAUGUUCAAUUGUUCAUUAUUAGAUGGUGGGUUAGUUUACUGCUUUGUUUUGUUCUGACUUCUAAUGGUUCGGCAAUUACUUUGGAUUCAAGGGGUUAACAUUGCUUUAGUAGUAGUGUGCGUGUGGAGAAGUUGUAAUGGAGAGUGUUCUGCACUAAGAGCUGUUGAUUUGCUGGUAAUAGGUGUUUGUCCUACCCAUUUCCAGUUUCAUGUUGAUUAUAGAUGAUGUGUGCUUAGUGAAUCUGGUCAUAUUUUGGUCCAUGGUUUUGGUUUUAGUUUCAUUUUACUGUGAUUAGUGCCAGUUUUGCUAGAACAAGUGCUUGUUGAGCUGAAUCAUGCAACAAAUGAAAGCUUGAUGCAGCAGAACAGGGUGCCGUCACACUGAUAUGGGCUCCUAUUGAGUGUUUAGAGGGUUUGAAAAAGGAUCCAUUUGCUCAGAUGUAGUAUCACUUGAAUACCGACCUGAAAAUCUCAAAUAUUGAACCUUUGAGUUUUUGUUCAUUAUCGGAUGCGUCUAUGGUCGUUUCAGUAUCCUUUUUGAAUCAGAUAACAGAAAAGUGCCAAACAACCUUAUUAAUGUAGGGAUUACCUGUUCUGUGUAGUCUGACAUGGUUAUUUUUUAUUCCUAGCUGGAGACUGAUGGUGCUUCAUAGGAUUUACUGUCGGUGUUUUGCAUUAUUUGUUGUUGGGAUGCACUUUUCAUGCUAUUAGUGGCGGCAAUGUCUAGUUUCUCUAUUGGCGGGAAGCAUUGAAUAGCUCGGGCAGUUGAUAUAGCUUGUCGUCUAGCGUGAUCUGUUUCUGUUUUUAGCUGGGUGAAACCGACUGAUGCUGGAUAAAGUUCAAUGUUGGAAUCAUCUAUAAACUGGUCUAGAGCUGGAAAUAGUUCUUGUGGAUUGUACCUUUAAUGUGUUGCGUUGCCGCUUGUGGAUUGUACCUUUAAUGUGUUACGUUGCUGCAUUAAAAUGAGAGAAAAUUUCCUAUUUAGCCCUAAAAAUAAUGGUCCUUUCUUAUUUGACACCCAAACUGAAAAUCUUUCCUGUAUGUCCUCAACUCGAGUUUUUCUUUCCAAUUUGACACUUCCGUUAGUUAUGCGAGCCAUCCCCGUUAGUUGUCCAAGUAAGGCAAUGGAAAAAGACCGUAAUGCCCUUCUGGGAAGAAAAUGAGUCGUGGCUGUUCGCAACUUGACUCGGUCCCGAGUCGUGGUCGUAGGGGCGCGUUCCCCUACCUGUAACCCUAGACCGAGGGCGGCACAUCCAUGAAGAUGGCGGUGCGGCUUCGGCAGAGGGUGGCACAGACACGGAGGCGGCACGCGUGGCCCAGGCAGAGAUGAACAGUAUGUGUAGGGGUGAUUGCUGCUGCAGCAAUCACAGCCGAGCAGGCCCACAGUUUCCCCACGUGGUGUUAAUGACUACCUGGCUGUGGAGCCGGCAGUUUUCUCAGUUAGUGGUCUCGUGCCUGUGCUUUUCAGUAUGUAAUCCUCUGGAUGAUAGAUGAACAUCCAAACAUUAAAUGUUUACUCCCAAGAGAGGGGGAAGAUCUGAGAUUGUUUUUGUUUCACCAACUGGCGAGGAAAUUAAGAACAAGAGGCAACUAAGCCAAUACCUGAAGGCACACCCUGGAGGACCUGCUUCUUCAGAGUUUGAUUGGGGAACUGGUGAUACUCCAAGGCGUUCUGCUCGCAUUAGUGAGAAAGUGAAGGUAUUUGAUAGCCCAGAGGGCGAGAAGAUCCCAAAACGCAGCAGAAACUCAAGUGGUAGGAAGGGUAGGCCAGGGAAGAAGGAAGCCACUAAAACUGAAGAAGCCAAAGAUGCUGAAACUGGCGAGGAGGCAGAGGAGGCCCCUACUGAAGAUGCUACAAAGGAGACUGAUGUGGAGAUGAAGCGCGCUGAAGAGGCGAAGGAAGCUUCUGCUGAAACUGAAGAUACUGAGAAGUCUGCAGACAAGGCUGAUGAUGCUCCUGCUCCAGCACCAAUGGAAGAAGCUCCUGCUCCAGCACCAAUGGAAGAAGAUAAGAAAGAAACUGAGAAGCCAGCUGAAUCUGUUGUAGCUCUUCCUGCACCAACGGAGGAUAAGAAAGGAGAUGCCAAGCCAGCUGAGCAUGAAGCUGUGGCUCCAGCUCCAGUAAGCAACCCAACUGAGAACUCAGCUCCUGCUCCUGCUGAGCCUGCUGUUGUUCCUGCUCCAGCACCUGAAACCAAAUCAGAUGCCGAGCCUGUUGCUGUUGAUGCUCCGGCACCUGAAACCAAAUCAGAUGCCGAUCUUGCUGCUGUCACUGCUCCAGCACCUGAAGCCAAAUUAGAUGCUGAGCCUGCUGCUGUCGUUGCUCCAGCGUCUGAAACCAAACCAGAUGCUGAGCCUGCUGCUGUCACUGCUCCAGCACCUGAAGCCAAAUCAGAUGCUGAGCCUGCUAGCAAAUCAGAUGCUGUUGCUGCUGAUCUAGCGCCUGGAACCAAGGCAGAUGCUGCUGCCGCUGAUCCAGCACCUGGAGCCAAGCUAGACGCUGCUGCUCCAGUAGAGAACUCCACCAACAAAGGCGGAAACCAGGAGAGCCAGCCCGUGAACAACGGGCAGGUGCCGCACUCAACGGUGAAGUGCAUCUGAAGCUGGAACCGGAAGCCUGAACCCCUUCUGGGUUCCGGCGCCCGUGUAUCUCAUUUAGGAACAAAACAAACAUUUGCAUUUGCAUUCUGCAUUGUAAUCAGUUAAAGAGUCGAUGGAUCGGUAAGCAUGUUAAUUAGUCAGUCUCUGACGCUGCUGGGUGACAGGUUGGUAAUUAGACUUCUGCAUUUUAGCUGUUCUGUAUGGUCGCUGUCGCCGCCGUACAUGUAUCCACCACCUUCAUCUUCUUGGUUGUAUUGUACCUAACUCUGCGUAAGCAUAUUAAUCUUAGGCCAUGUAUACUCCGCUCUAA